AUGCCGAUGUCAUUAGAGGCCCCCGUCCUCCAAGUUGACGCAAAUGUGAUCCACAAGGUUGACACCACCAACCCCGCAAAUCUUUUCAGCAUGUGGACCGUCUUCGCAAGGUGUCGCGACUCAGUAGCUCAAGGGAGACGGUUGGAGAACCUCAGCUGGCGCCUUUGGAACCGCGAGACUUUCUGCUGUGAAGGGGAAGACGAGCUAGUUUCUUACGCCACCAGCCAACCACGAGACAUUCAAUAUCCGCGGGGGGCUGUCACGGAGGACCUUCCCCAGCUCUCCAGUAGCAUCGAAUCGGCUGCCGACGAAGAGGCCGUUGACCUCAGCGCGGACACCACCCCAGUCGAUAUCGUCCGCCCGAGGAUACAGAGGCAAGACUCGUGCGCUAGCAGCCGAAGCCGUGGCCGCGAGCGCCACAUCACCUCGGACGAGCUCGAGAAGAUGGUUGUUUCCAUCAUGCACGCCAAGAUGCCUCUCGAUGCGCCGCUUCCUACCAUCCCCCGCUCCCCCACUGCUGAGGAGAUCAACGAGCCAGUACACUCUGGCUCUACCACUGAUGAGUCUCCUUGCGAGACUCCAGAAGGUGUUUCCAGCGAUUCCACUGUCUCCCAACAGACCGACGAGAUGGAGGCGCAGGAGCAGCCAGAACCGGUGCCCGAGACAAAGCCGCAGACGAUAGUUACCCGUGGCUUUUCGCCCUCUCAGAUCUCCAUCAGCCGUCCCGCCUCUCUAUCCACCAAGGCGCCUUCGCCGUCCGCGAUUCCCGAACCUACCGAGUCACCAGCACCCAAGAUCAUCUUCCCGAAGAAGCAACGGCCCGAGUUUGCCCUCGGAGGCUCUUCUGGGUCGGACGAAGAGUCCUUCAAAAACCGCAAUCUUGAGUCGAGGAAACUUCCUGUGCAACCGAGAGGCGCAAUGUUCCACGUCGGAGGCUCGUCGGUCGAGGAGUCACCCUCAUCUUCGCAGCAACUCCACAGAGCCGCUCUCGUGAACAGCGCGCAGAAGAAGGCGUCGUUUAACAACCAGGUUGUGACCCAGACAUUUACCUCGUCCGCAAUCAGUGAUACUGAGGACGACUACCUUGACGAGAGCGCGAUUGACGAUGACGACGAAGACUGGGAGGAGGAGUCCGCCGAGGAGACCAGCAGCUCUUUGAACGAGGACAAGAUGACCUUCCGUCGCGUCGACUCGACCGCCAACCUUCCUUCUCGCCGUUCUCUCAUCACGCUCAUGAUGUCUAACAACAACCGGGCCCAGCGCUUCAACAACAUGGCAUCACAGUCGACGUCAGCACUUCCCCGCGCUCGUGCCACCCUCAACGGCCCUUCCCUUGUUGCCUCCCCCAACGACUCCGACGAGGCGCCCCUCAUGAUGAAGAGGGGCACUUCCCGUGCGCCACCGAUGCGUCCCAUUACCGAGAUUCCUCGCUCUUCUGCGCAACCCAUCAAUGUCAAUGCCACCAGCAUCCACCACCAGGCUGCGCUCUCGCCGCGCACUACCCGGCGGAACAUGCUUGCCACCGAGCUGACUGAGUCGCUUCGUCGGAACCUCCUCCGCGAGCGAUCCCAGAAGACAUCGACGGCCAACGCCGUUCUUAAGCGCCGCCACACCUCGACGGAUGUCGCAAACCUCAAGCAAUAUCCUGAGCGGCCGUACAUGAAGAAGGACAAGGAUAUUGACACCAAUUCUAGCAGUUGGGACAAGUACUUCCAGAACCCCUUCGCCGGCUAUGCGGCACAGGCUUGGUAG